GAACCCUGGAAUACUCACUCAUCUUGUUCUUUUUCAAUGAGCCAACUGCACGGCAAAGAUGUGUCAAAAGGUGCACGGUAGUAUGCCCUAGCGCUCAGGACCCCGGGUGCCUCGCUUUAUAUGCUAUCAAUUCUCUUGUUUUGUAUAUUAAAUGGCCCUUUUUUCUUCCCAAAUGCCCAGCUUUCAUCACCACUGCCUACGCGUAGGCUAUCAGAUGAGAAGACGAAUCAUGCGCGUGCAGGGAUCAGUAAGGAAUCAUCGUGUCCACCUCCCCCCUUUCUUACCUACCGCCGUCCCACGGGCUCCCAACCGAGGGACAACAAACAUGUAAGUUCAUCGGCGCAUUGCAAGCCUCCGAAGCCUUGAAGCUUUACACAAUCUCUGACGGCAACAGCCAGCUAUGGGAGGUGGCGGCUAGCGUUAAAGUCACAGGAUUGGCACGGUCAGGGGUCGGGAUCCACGGCCAAACCCCAUUUCGGCUUGUGAGGAGAGGGAGCUCAACGCGUUCCGCACGAGAAAAAGCAAUUGGCCCAAAGCUAGACUGGCUACGCGUCGCCAACGUUAGAGUUGUGGCAGUGACGACAUAAUUCCCUCCCCUCUCCCGCGGACAUUGAGGAGGGAGCCCUUAAAUUACAGUAUUACCCGUUUGCUGGCGUCUUUUGCUUUCUUCUUCGCCACUGUGUAUCCCAAUGCCUCCCAAGAAACGUUCCAAUGCCAAUGAGGCCGGCGAGGCCUCGGGCACGGCUAAGAAGACCAAAACCACGGCCUCCGGCGCCUCCGCUGCCGCCAACGAAUCCCGAUGGUCCACCAAAAGCAAGCGCUGGUCGGCCGUGUCGGCGUCUCGCAACGCAGAUGAUGACUACAAGAAGGCCAUGGAAGACAUUGAGUACGCCUACACGUACACCUGCAGGUGCCCUUUGGGAACCAAAGGCGGAGGACACCCGGAUGACGAGGACGAGGACGAGGAAGACGAUUAUGACGACGAGGAAGACGACGACGAUGAGGGCGACGAAGGCGAGAAGCAGCCCAAGGCCAAAUGCGACGGCGGCAAGACCUGUCUCUGCAUGAAGCCUGCGGCAGAGCACCCCGACGCGCCCUUUGUCAUCACGAACGCCGGCUAUCGCAAGCUCAUGAACCAGCAGGUCCACUGCCAGGUCCGCGACCCGGACAACUUCGACAUGUACACCUACAAUGACCACUACGCCUACGGCAUCCUGCAGGUCGUCCAGAACCUCGUCCUCGACUACGAGGAGGCCAAGGAGAACUGGAGGGAGCAGUGGGUCAUCUGCGAGGCCAUAGCGCCGUUCAUUUGGUUCCUCUCCGGCGGCGACUUUGCCAUGGCCGAUGAUGGUGAGUUGUGCCGCCAGACCGCCCGUCUCAUUGGCAACCUUUUUCUCGCCACGCUCGCGCGCCUCGAACGCGAGGGCGUCCUGGGCCCGGACUCAGAGGUCAAGGACCUCGGUAUAGUCAUGGCGGGCAUGCUCAAGGUCGCCUCCGCCUUCCGCGGCUCCUCUCUUCUCGAGGGCGAGACGCGCAUCAAGAAGUCCAAGAAGCGGCCAUUCCCCUUUGUCGCGGAGGCGUUUGACAACUACGUCGCCGCCUACGCCAAGAAGCACGGCAUCACACUGCGCGGCGUCCCCAAACUCAAGGACCUGUUGGAGGAGGUGGACGAUGAUGUCGAGCUGCCCACCGUGGAACAGCACGGCGAGGAUCCCUGGGGCUGGGCGGCGGCGUUUUCCGAGUACAAGACGGGGAAGACGGUUGGCGGGGACGGCCUCGACAUCACAUCUUGGACGAGUGCAGAGCGGAAGAAGCACGCCUUCAACAAGAAGGAUCCGCUGGGGAAGAAAGAGCUUGAUGCCAUCAAGAAAGGGUUUGUUGUGAUGCUCGGGUAGAGCGCGUACUCCUCCUUAUUCGAAGUGUAUCUCAAGCAUGCCUGCGAAGCUGGGCCACGCCGUUAUUGAAGCGCAGGAUAUCGACUGGAUGAUUAGGCGACGUGUUUCGUCGAGAGUGUAGGUUGGAUUGGAUAUCUACUGUUUUCUAUUCGACUGUGUACUGAUAACCUACAGCCCAGAUACUCACUUUCUUUC